AUGCCAAAUUGGUCUGCUUCUAAUUCUGAAAUUCAACACUUUCUUUAUAUACUUCCAAAUCAACAUAGCAGUUAUUCUUUAGAUCUGCUUUGGCAAAUAUUUAAUUUUAUUAAAAUUGAUAGAAAAACUAAAACUGUUUGCAUUUUUUGUAAAUCUGAAAAUUCUAUCUUUGAAACUGCUGUUGUAAUAGAUACAUAUAUUAGAAAAUGUAAAAAAAUUCCUUUAAAUAUUCAAUCUUAUCUUAUUAAUAUACAAGAAUUUCAAAAUCAGCAACCAAAAAAUUUGGAACUUUUACAAUCAUUAUCAAAUAU